AUGGAAAACAACGCAUUCCACUUUGUGAAUGAUAAUGAUGAUAAUAAUCUUGAAUCUUCAGACAUCAUUUUCUACGUUAUAGAUGAACUUGGCUUGACACCAAACAAUGAUGAAUCCUCCGUUGUAGAUAAUGACGAUGAGUCCUACAACAUGAGUUUACACAUAAUAGAUGAGAUUGAAUCGUUCGCCGGGACAUUGGACAACUACAAGGAAUACGAGCUAUGGAACUGUGCCAGAGAGCGGGUGUUGAUAUUCCCGCAGAGGGUGCCGGGAUUCAGGAGUUGCAAGCAUUCCAAAGGGUUUUAUCCGAAUACAGAAUUACAGUGUUCAAGUACGGUGCCGGUGGACGAGAGGAAAAUUUUCAAAAGAGUGACUGUGAUUGCACAUAACGGUCAAGCAUUCGACCAUCAGUUCAUCCUGAACUAUAUUCUCACCAAAACAGACAUCAAGCCAAACUUAAUUAUGCGGGGGACAAAAAUUAUUUUGGCUGAGGUGGGAUUUUUGGACUCGCUAAAUUAUUUUCCAAUGGCUCUGGCAAAGCUACCUAAAGCUUUCGGCCUUGCUGGAAACUUUAAGAAGGGUUAUUUUCCACACUUGUUUAAUACCCUGGAAAAUCAGCAAUACGUGGGUCCUUUACCAUCUGCUGAAUUUUACGGUCCGAAUCAAAUGAAGCCCGAGGACCGACAUACGUUUUUAAACUGGCAUCAAGAGCAUCAGAAUGAUGUUUUUAAUUUCCAGGAGGAAAUCGUCGCAUAUUGCAAGUCGGACGUGGAAAUACUAAUGACAGCCUGUCUUUCAUUUAGGUCGAUGCUUCUUAACGAGUGUAAGGUUUGUCCAUUCACCGAAGCAACAACAAUAGCAUCAGCGUGUAAUAAGGUGUUUGCACGAAACUAUCUGGAAGCCGAUACAAUCGCCGUUAUUCCCCGUGGUGGUUACCGAUUGGCUGAUAAUCAAUCGGUUAUCGCUUUACAAUGGUUGUUGUGGGAGGAGAACGUACGAGGAAUCACCAUACACCACGCCGGUACAGGUCGAGAACACCUAGUAGGAGGAGGACUCAAAGUUGACGGUUUUAAUGAGGAACAGCGUCAGAUAUUCGAGUUUCACGGUUGUUACUUCCAUGGAUGCACCAGCUGUUUCAAAUUUCACCGAGACACAUCGAUUGGAGGAGGACACCCCACAAUUUAUGUAGGAUCUGCAGCCCGGGACAUUGAUUUAUCCACUGUAGAUGGCAUGGUGAAAUGUAAAAUUUUACCACCCACGCAGUUGUACCACCCCGUUCUCCCUGUCAGGAUGAAGGGAAAGUUAAUGUUCGCCCUUUGCAACAGCUGUGGUGAAAGUUCACAGCAGCGUGAGUGUUGCCAUACGGAGGAAGAACGAUUGUUCACAGGGACAUGGGUAAUUGCAGAAGUCCUGAAAGCAUUGGAAAAAGGCUACAGGAUUGUGGAAGUGUUUGAAGUAUGGACAUACGAAACGCGUCAAUACAACCAUUCGGCGGGUCAGCCGGGUUUAUUCACAGAAAUGAUGAAUAAAUUCAUCAAAAUUAAACAGGAAGCCUCCGGCUGGCCCGCGGAUUGCAUAAACGAUGUGGUGAAACAACAACAAUAUCUGGUGGAUUUUGAAGAAGCUGAAAAAGUGAAGCUAACACCGGAACGCAUCGAAAAUAACCCUGGUCUUCGAUCCCUCGCCAAAUUAAUGUUGAAUUCGUUCUGGGGAAAGUUUGGACAACGUGAAAACCAACCACAAGCAACCAUCGUCAACGAUCCUCAGGAAUGCUUUGAUCUCCUUGCGCAUCCGUCGAAGAAUGUCAACAGUAUAACUCCUGUGAAUGAACAAACUGUUGUAAUCAACUGGGAGUACGCCGACGAGGCUGUGGAAUCUCUGCCUACUGUGAAUGUGGUAAUUGCAGCUUUUGUUACAGCACAGGCCCGUUUGAAGUUGUACGAAUAUCUAGAGAUGUUGGAUACACGUGUUUUAUACUACGACACCGAUUCCGUUAUCUAUGUGUCAAGCAUCCAUUUUCCAGAUCCCCCGACUGGAAAAUUCAUUGGGGAUAUGACCGAUGAGCUGGAGGUAUACGGUAUCGGUUCCUACAUCACGGAAUUUGUUUCGGGCGGGCCGAAAAAUUACGCAUACUCGGUGUGGUCAACGACGAAGCAGUGUAUCGAACAUGUUUGUAAGGUGAAAGGGAUCGCCUUAACAUACAGCGCUUCUCAGUUGAUUAAUUUUGAGAAAAUUAAACAAAUGGUUCUGGAAAAAACAGAUCCCAUUCGUUUGACGUCGAUGAACUUUGUGCGGACAAAAGAUCAUCGUGUAGUAACCAAAGAGGAGACAAAGACAUACAGAACGAAUUCAAUAAAGAGACUCUUCUUGGAUGACAACAGUUCUCGGCCAUUCGGAUACAAGGUCCCUAGGAACUAA